CCACGUGACUGGGCUGCUCUAAAUUCUUCCCGUUCACAUGAUAGACUUGUUGGUGUUUUCAGAUGAGAUGGUGCGGCGGUGAGCGACAAUUCACUCCGAUUAUUGGUUCCUACCCUCAUCACCACCUUACUGUGCGGAUGUAAACGCGGACUGCCGGGAACGAACGAGAAUCAGAUUAGCAACGUUAGCUAAGUGAGCUAGGCGGUACUUUUUAGCCAGGCAUCUGUUGGGUCAAGUCAAGUGCAGCCAGACCCACCUGCGCCUUCAGCUGUGCGACUCUAACCCUCCAUCAGGGAUUUUUUCUUGUUCUCUCUUAUUGUUUUUUUUUUUUUUACCCCAAAAUGAAGUCUUUUCCAUCCUUCGUCGCACUCUUCAUCGUCUGUUCAGCAGUUUUAGCUGACACUCAAGCAGUUGUUACCCUUGAAGUGAAGGAGGGAAACUCCACCUGUAUUAAAGCAGAGUUCUCUGCAGUAUUUUCCAUCACAUACAACACCACCAACGACACGAGGACGGUGUCGGUCUUUCUGCCAAACUCCACCACAGUCGAUUCAGCAAACAGCUCAUGUGGCUCAAACGGCAGCACCCCGGGGCUGAUGGCCAAGUUUGGACCUGGCCACUAUUUUGGCAUGAACUUUUCCACCAACGGAAGUCUCUACAGCGUGGACACCCUGUUUCUGCGGUACAACCUGAGCGACGCUUCACUUUUCCCUGAAGCCAACAGCUCUGGGCCUGUUGAUUUUGAGCUGUCUGCCUCAGUGGGGAUUUGGGCACCGACCAACACCACCUACCGCUGCCUGAGUCCAACUACCAUCACCAUAACUCGACCCAGCGUCACUUUCUCUGAAAUGAAGCUGGAGGCCUACAUGCCUGGAAAUGACUUUAGUCCCGCUGAGCGUGUGUGUGCGGCUGAUCAAACCACUACCGGAGCUCCGACUACAACAACCAGUGCAGCCACACCGACCACUCCGUCACCAACUCCAGCAGGAACUCCCGAACAGGGUUCCUACUCCGUGAAGAACGCCAGCGGCACUGUGUGUCUCAUGGCCAAAAUGGGAGUGCAGCUCAAUGUCAGCUACUUCUCUCAGUCUCAGAAUAAGACUGUCCAGGAGCUGCUGAACCUGACUCCUAAUCUGACCAGCUCCUCUGGAUUGUGUGGAGGCACCAAUGCCACCUUGGUUUUGGCACAAGAGGAGACCACUGUGCUCAGCUUCCUCUUCACUGUGAACUCAACAUCCAACAAGUACCAUCUAAGCGGGAUAACUCUGCAAGCGAACUGGACUGACAUGAUGUCUCCCUUCUCAGCCAGUAACACCAGUCUGGAUUACCUGAGGAGUUCUCUGGGACACUCCUACAUGUGUAACGCCGAACAAACUCUCUUUGUGGUGUCUACGUUCUCCAUCAAUAUGUUUGAACUACAGGUUCAACCGUUUGGCGUCACAUCCACCCAGUUUGCCUCAGCUGAAGUGUGUCAAAUAGACCAGGAUCAAAUGUUGAUUCCCAUCAUCGUUGGAGCGGCUCUGGCUGGGCUGGUGCUGAUUGUCCUCAUCGCAUACCUAAUAGGCCGAAAGAGAAGCCACGCUGGAUACCAGACCAUAUGAGGCCACUUUGUCCUGCACCGAACAGACUGAACCUGAAUGAGAACGCUGUGGAUGCAGGAGUUCAUCAGUUCAUCCAAAUGAUUCUUUUCUAAAUGUUUGUGGAUGGUUGGAAAAGCCCAGUUCAUCUUAGAUUUGUUCGUCUGACUUCUGAUCACAGAUUGGAUGAGUUUAAAACACAUUUAUCUUAAAUAUUGAUUCAUUUCUAUUGAUGGCAUAAAAUCAUUUUUUUUCUGAAACCAUUUUUAGCAGUAAUAAAAUUGACUGGGCAGAGGGAGUGAAGCAGAAAAGCUAGUGCGGAGUGAAUUUCCUUUUGUCCACAGGGAUACUUUCAGCCUUAAAGAAUAUUAUGUUGUAAAAGGGAAAGCUCUGAAUAUUCCUCCACAUUGAAGAUCAGCUAAUCCGAUUUUUGGCCUUAGCUUUUUUGUGUAUGUCCAGUAAAAGCAAAAUGCUAUAUUUUUAAGGAAAGCACCCUGAUUAAAUAAAAGCUUUGCACAUUAAGUUUCAUCUUUUCCUGUUUGGAGUUGAAUUGCUAAAGUCUGUCAUAGUCAGUGUCCAAACCCCAGAGAAAGUGGUUACUCUUUGCCUUUAAUCCUGUGAAAAGUGGUUGUUUUCCAGCAGCUACUUCUCACUAAUUUCAGGAAAUGUUAGCUUAACUGCCUCAUUUUUGUAAAAACUUUUCAUGUGUUUCACACUUGGUUGACGUGUUUUGAUGUUUCCGUUUUCAAAUGCUGAUCAGUCUUGAAAGUCUGUAUAAACUGCUCAAAGUUUUUUUUUUUUUAGUGCAACUUUAAAAUCCCGUGUUGAGGCCACAUGCAGUCAGUGCACGGAUGCUUUUCCUUCAGAAGAAAUGUUGGGGGGGAAAAACUGCGACGUGAACCUUUAUUUUUCUAGAAAAUGCUUGGUCUUGUUUUCUAUCAUGAUUACUCCAACUGAAUAAAAUGUAAAUUUAA